AUGGCUGAGUCGGAUCCUGGGGACAGAAACUAUGACAACAUGUUGAAGAUGCUGUCCGACCUAAACAAGGACCUGGAAAAGCUGCUGGAGGAGAUGGAGAAGAUAUCCGUUCAGGCGACCUGGAUGGCCUAUGACAUGGUGGUGAUGCGCACCAACCCAGCCUUGGCAGAUUCCAUGCGGCGCCUGGAAGACGCCUUCCUGAACUGCAAGGAGGAGAUGGAGAAGAACUGGCAAGAACUGCUGAAUGAGACCAAGCCCAAGCAAUAGGUCACUCCCUGCACGGCCCUCCCUCAGCCUCCAGGGUCCAGACACCUCUCGAGGAGUAUUGGGCCCUCGUUGGCGCCCAUAGAUAGAUGUACAUACCUAAGUGCUCACUGCCCAAUGAAGGUAUUUUCAAGCACA